AUGAUUGAUGAAAAUAAGUAUUAAUAAUUAAAUUUUGAAUUAAGAUGGUUAUUUAAUAAGGAUUCUUUUUUAUAUAUUGUAAUGUAUAAAAUUCAUGAAGGUUUAAAUAGAACUUAAAACAUGUACUUUUAUGUGAAAAGGUAUAAUGGGCGAUAUACUUUGUUAAAACAUUGUAUUUGUUAAUUUUGAUAAAUUUAGAAAAUAAAUUAGAGUUAGUUUUUAAGAGAUAUAUAUAAAAUGAUGGUUUUUUGUAUAUUUAUUAUCAUAAUGAUAUGAUCAAUAGAAGUAAAUUAUUAAAUUAUUGUGUUUAUUUUGCUUAGAUUGUAAUUGUAUUUUAUUUAGUCUUAUUUUUAUAUGGAUAUUUAAAGAUGCUUGAAUACAAAUGA